GGUGCAGGGGGGAGAAGGGGGGAGGACGGUAUUUGGAGAGUUCAGGAGGAGCGGAUACACAGAUAUUAUGCUGCACCGGGAGAGGCACGGACUGUGGCUGUAACGUGGAGCCGUCCGCUAUGCCAGGUGUCGGAAGACCUUUAGGAAGCGACAUGACGCCGCUGUAGGUGAUGCUAUAAACGCACCGCGGCCGUUCGUUUUAGCGAGACGCUUCGCUUUUGCCCGCAUGCGCGUCUAAAUUGGAUACCGAGCGGGAGCGCGAGCAACAAGUGGAGUUUGACGCGCGAGAGGCCGAGAUUUCCCCGCGCCGUCACCUGCCAUGGAAGAGCACAAGGAGCCCGGCAGCGGGCGGGACUCGACCGAGGAGGAGAGCAUGUCGCUGUCGCCGAACCUCCCGUCCCCUCCCGUGAUUCUCCCGCACCAGGCGGCCCAGCAGGCCCACCGAACCACGAACUUUUUCAUUGACAACAUCCUCCGGCCGGACUUUGGCUGCAGGAAGGAGGCGGGCUACCGCGAGCGGAGCCAGACGCCGGGCAGGGAGAACGUGAACCCGCUGGCGGCGGGCGCGAGGCCGCCGCACGCCGGCAGCCUGUGCCUGGACUCCAACUGCAGCAGCGACAGCACCUCGUCGUCGCCCUCCUCGUCGUCGUCGUCGUCGUCGUCGUCCACGUCGUCCACGUCGUCGUCGCCCUCGUCCAAGCAGAACUCGUCGAAGCAGAGCGAGCCGGCGGGCAACGGGACCGGCAGAUACGCGGACAGCCCCUCGUCGAUCGUGGUCAUGAGCGGCAGCAAUGGAGGCUCCCCGCCCGCUAUGAAGGAGAGCCAGCCGCUGUUGUGGCCCGCUUGGGUUUACUGUACUCGCUACUCGGACCGGCCCUCAUCUGGCCCAAGGACACGGAAACUGAAGAAGAAGAAGAGCACGAAGGAGGACAAGCGGCCCAGGACUGCGUUCACGGCCGAGCAGCUGCAGAGACUGAAAACAGAGUUCCAGGCCAACCGGUACAUAACGGAGCAGCGGAGACAGUCGCUGGCCCAGGAACUCAACCUGAACGAGUCCCAAAUCAAAAUCUGGUUCCAGAAUAAGAGGGCCAAGAUCAAAAAGGCCAGCGGCUUCAAGAACGGCCUGGCGCUGCAGCUCAUGGCGCAAGGACUUUACAACCAUUCAACGACCACGGUGCAGGAGGACAAGGAGGACAGUGAAUGAGGGGCCCGGACACUUGGCUGCUCGGGGCCGCUACUGACUCUUUGGCUUUUGGACAUAACGACAAAUGAACUGGAAGCGGAGGCGACGCUAUUUAAAAACACAGAUUUCUGUUUAUGGUAACAGUAUAUGGACAUAAUUAUAUAAAUGAACGAUCGUUAUUAAAGUUUAUAUAGCCACACAGUUAUCAUGUUGUAUACAGUAUAUUUCAUUUCAGCAGCAUCUCGUCGUUUCUGUCCUCGUUGUUUUAGGAUGUCUAAUUGGCUUUGUAGGUUCUUGUGGUCUCCUGUCCCCCCUCCAUCCUUGCGCCAUAUUUUCCUUCCACACACCAGUCCGCAGACUCAGACAAGCCAAAGAUUUUAAUAUGUUCACAUGUAGUCUGAAAUAAAAAAGGAGAACGGUA